UCGGCGGAGGCUCCGGCUAGAGCGGCCACGCCGCUCCCGGAAGUGACGCGGUUUGAGCCGGCGGGCGGCAAGAUGGCGGAGUUUGCAAAUGUCACCCAUGAAGCCAUCAAUGUCACCCUCCGCACCACGCUGGCUGCUACCACCAAGCUGGUGGUACCUACACCUGCUAAACCUAUCCUUCCAGUUCAGACUGGAGUCCAAGCACAGCAAGAGGAGCAAUCUAGUGGCAUGACAAUUUUUUUUAGUCUUCUUGUAUUAGCUAUCUGCAUCAUAUUGGUGCAUUUACUGAUAAAAUACCGACUUCAUUUUUUACCAGAGAGUGUAGCUGUUGUUUCUUUAGGUAUCCUUAUGGGAGCUUUUAUAAAAAUCAUAGAGGCUCAAAAGCUGGCCAACUGGAAGGAAGAAGAAAUGUUUCGCCCAAAUAUGUUUUUUCUGCUUUUGCUUCCACCUAUUAUAUUUGAAUCUGGAUAUUCAUUGCAUAAGGGCAAUUUUUUUCAGAACAUAGGCUCCAUCACGCUAUUUUCUGUAUUUGGCACAGCAAUAUCAGCUUUCAUUGUAGGUGGAGGAAUUUAUUUCCUGGGCCAGGCUGAUGUAAUUUAUAAACUCAACAUGACAGACAGUUUUGCAUUCGGCUCUUUAAUAUCUGCGGUUGACCCUGUGGCUACUAUUGCCAUUUUCAAUGCCCUCAAUGUGGAUCCUGUACUUAACAUGUUGGUUUUUGGAGAAAGCAUUCUCAAUGAUGCAGUCUCUAUCGUCUUGACCAACACUGCGGAAGGUUUGACAAGAGAAAAUAUGUCAGAUGUAAGUGGAUGGCAAACCUUUCUACAGGCACUGGGAUACUUUCUUAAGAUGUUCUUUGGCUCUGCAGCACUUGGCACACUUACCGGCCUUAUUUCUGCAUUAGUGCUAAAGCACAUUGAUUUAAGGAAGACACCCUCCCUAGAGUUUGGGAUGAUGAUUAUCUUUGCUUACCUUCCUUACGGACUUGCAGAAGGUAUCUCGCUCUCAGGUAUCAUGGCAAUCCUCUUCUCUGGCAUCGUCAUGUCCCACUAUACACACCAUAACCUCUCCCCGGUUACACAGAUAUUAAUGCAGCAGACACUGAGAACUGUUGCUUUCAUGUGUGAAACGUGUGUUUUUGCAUUUCUUGGCCUGUCAAUUUUUAGUUUUCCUCACAAGUUUGAAACAUCCUUUGUCAUCUGGUGCAUAGUACUUGUUCUGUUUGGUAGAGCAGUGAAUAUUUUUCCACUUUCGUACCUACUCAACUUUUUCCGUGAUCAUAAAAUCACCCCCAAAAUGAUGUUCAUCAUGUGGUUUAGUGGUCUACGUGGUGCAAUUCCCUAUGCCCUCAGCCUUCAUUUGGGCUUGGAACCAAUCGAGAAGCGACAGCUCAUUGGGACAACAACAAUCAUCAUUGUGCUGUUCACAAUUUUGCUGCUGGGAGGAGGAACCAUGCCCCUCAUCAGACUGAUUGAUAUUGAGGACUCCAAAGCACGCAAGAGGAACAAGAAGGACAUUAACCUUAGCAAGACAGAGAAGAUGGGAAAUACCAUAGAAUCCGAACAUUUGUCAGAGCUCACAGAGGAGGAAUAUGAAGCCCAGUACAUAAAACGCCAGGACCUCAAAGGGUUUAUGUGGCUUGAUGCUAAGUAUUUGAAUCCUUUCUUCACCAGACGACUCACACAAGAAGACUUGCAUCAUGGGCGCAUACAGAUGAAAACCCUCACAAACAAAUGGUAUGAAGAAGUACGACAAGGACCCUCAGGAUCUGAAGAUGAUGAGCAAGAGCUGCUAUAGCAGACCAGGGAAGGAGUGCAAUGAGUUUAUCAUUUGAUCUUCAAAAAGUGGAUUUAAGUAUCAAGAGUCUGACUGCACAAUAGCUGGAAAAUUAAUAAUGAACUUUCCGAUUUGGGACAUAUCUUGUUCUGCGUAUUUAGAUAUCGCUAGUCAGUGACUGAACCCCUUAAGUGUCAGACACUGGGCUGAAUAAAGAACUUUUCAGCUCCUAUAGCAUAGCAGACUCCACACAGCCUCUUAAAAAGCAGAAACAUCUGCUAUGAAAUAAUGACAUUACUAUGUCAUUAUGUUUAAUGCGAGGUCUUCUUCCUAUUAUGAAAUCUGCUGUGUGUGUGUGAAGUACAAAGCCACUGUAUGACUCUGCGAAAUAGGAUGAGUUGCACUUUUUUAAAUAUAUAGAUGUAUAUAUAUACACACACAUUCACAUGGAGAGUCUUGACAGUUUAUACUGUGAAUUUGUUUCAGCACUAGUAAGGGAAGUUGGCUGGAAUAAAUCUAUAACUUAGGGGAUUUGCACAUUAUGAAACCAGAGAAGAUAAGUACCUUGACAAAAAGCAGAUGCUGCACACUUAAGGAAGCACCUAUUAAAACUGGUAUUUUUGUCAUUUAAAAAUUUCUUGGUUUCAAUUUUAUGGUUUUAUUUUUUUAAACUAUUCUGAGGUAUCUAAUCCAUUACAGUACUGAUUAUGGCAUGACUUGCGGGGGUGGGGGAUUAUAGGAUUGUACAGAACUGCAUUUGAAAUUGUAGUUUUAACUUUUUUUUCCUUUACUUAAAGCCAGUUGCAGUUUGUCUGUAGUUGGUUGUUGCUCUGUGUUAGCACAGUGGCUUCAAAUCUUAGAGAGCAGCAGCUUUUGUUUUACCAAAUUCAUGAAGUGCCCCUAAUGCUCCAGAAUUCACUAGUGGAAUUUCUGAAUUCUGGUUGAAGCAGAAGCAGCAUUUUCCACAUCGUUAGUUUGAUGAACUAAAUGUGUACAUGGGGAAGGAGAGUUUAUAAAAAUAAAAUCCAGGUACAGAAGGCUUAAUAUUGGACAUUAUGAAAUCAUCCUCAGUUGGGAAGUGCCAAACAACGUCCAUUAAGUUGUCUUGGUAGUAUAAUUCUUCCUCUUAUGCUGUUUCAAAUUAAUCAGUAUUUCACUUUUUCUACAUGGCAUAGUUCAUUUGCUCCAUUUGCAUACAUCUGAACAGACAGCGUUCAUUGCGUUUGCCAUGAUUACACAUACAGGAAUUUGCUGUCAUGACUGAUGCAAACUCCUCAUCAGUUAUUUGCAUAUUCAUUGUUGAAAUGUAAAAUUGUAGUUCUGCUUGUAAGUUGGACAUGCAAGCGGACAUGUUUCUCAAAGCAAGAUUUAUUUUCGGUCUGGUUUUGUUACUGGGGUUUUUUAAUCAACUGCUUACCAGCUGGGAGGAAUAAAAGUUCAAGAUUGUAUUUGGAAUCCUAAA